UCGCGGCAGAGGAAAGCUGUGUCACCUGACAAGGACUCUGGCGGGGCAAUGGCGGCGCCCAUGCUGCGCGGGCGCUGCCUUGGAAGGUGUUGGGCUUUAGCCUGCAUUGACAGCGGUUCUCGCCACGGAAGAGGGGCCGCGACUGGGUUCACGUCCAGCGGGAAAAGGGGACAGAGCUUCGUGGCUCAGCAGCCCCUCCUCACGGCCCAGAAGUCAAGGAAAGGUGAACACAAAUGGGCAGCUGUGGUAGGUUUGGAAAUUCAUGCCCAGAUUGCCUCCAACUCUAAACUCUUCUCUGGAUCUCAAGUCCACUUUGCAGCACCUCCCAAUUCUUUGGUAUCUUUUUUUGAUGCAUCUCUGCCUGGAACUCUGCCGGUUCUCAACAGGAGAUGCGUCGAAGCGGCGGUGAUGACAGGCCUGGCACUGAACUGCCACAUAAACAAGAAGUCCUUGUUUGACAGGAAGCACUACUUCUAUGCAGACCUCCCUGCAGGCUACCAAAUUACUCAGCAGAGACUCCCGAUUGCUGUGAAUGGGAGCCUGGCAUACAGUGUCUGUGUGGGGAAGAAAUGGAGGCAGGUGAUCACCAAGACCGUGAGGAUCAAGCAGAUCCAGCUGGAGCAAGACAGUGGCAAAAGCCUCCACGAUGAGCUGCGGUCUCAGACACUCAUCGAUUUGAACAGGGCAGGAGUUGGCCUUCUGGAAGUGGUGCUGGAGCCGGACAUGUCCUGUGGAGAAGAGGCAGCAACAGCCGUCAGAGAGCUGCAGCUGAUACUUCAAGCACUGGGGACCAGCCAGGCAAAUAUGGCAGAGGGCCAGUUAAGAGUGGAUGCCAACAUAUCUGUGCAUCAUCCUGGGGAGCCUUUGGGCGUUCGAACUGAAGUGAAGAAUCUCAACAGUGCCAGGUUCCUGGCCAGAGCAAUAGACUAUGAAAUUCAGAGACAAAUCAACGAACUUGAGAAUGGAUGUGAAAUUCUGAAUGAAACUCGCUCGUUUGACUACAAGCUAGGGUGCACUGUACCGAUGAGAGACAAAGAAGGAAAACAAGACUACAGGUGGUUACUCCUCUUGUUUAUGCCCGAACCCAACCUUCCUCCCCUGCUGCUCUAUGACACUGCAUCUCUGCCUGCUGGUGCAGACCCGCAGCAAGUGAUCAACAUUGACCGGAUUCGGGAGCAGCUCCCUGAGCUCCCCAGUGAGACCCGAGAGAAGCUCAUUCAACAGUAUGGGAUACUGCCAGAACACAGCUUCGCCUUACUGAAUGAAGUUGGCCUACUGGAGUUCUUCCAGAAUGUGAUAAAAGAAACUAGGGCAGAGCCAAAAAAAGUAACUAGUUGGGUCCUCAACAUUUUUCUGGGUUUUUUAAAGCAACGGAACCUUGCUGUCAAUGAGAGUCCUGUCACACCUUCUGUGCUGGCUGAGCUUCUCAACCUGCUGGACAGAAAAGUAAUUUCUUCGGCAGCAGCUAAACAGGUGUUUGAGGAAUUGUGGAGGAGUAAAGGGAAGACUCCAUCACAGAUUGUUUCAGAAAGGAAGCUUGAACUGAUGCAGGAUGAAGAGGCACUGGAACGGGUGUGCCACGCCGUGAUGGAGGGGCAUCCUCAAGUGGUAAUGGACAUGAAGAGGGGAAACCCCAGAGCCAUAAACAAACUGAUUGGGUUGGUACGAAAAGUAACUCACAACCGAGCAGAUCCUACGGUGAUAAAGGAGAUCCUGGAGAAGCAGUUGUCGUCAUGAGAUGUUCUGGGUCCGUCUCUGCCUGAGGGACAGCAGAGCGGCCAUGACUGAGAACCUGAGCCCGUGAAACCUGACAUCCAGGGGCUCAACCUGCUGGCGCCUCCCAGUCUCUAGCCCCAGCUAGAGCUGUAGGCCACCCAGGGCCAGACCCGACUCUGCCCUGGGGUGCUACCUGCACAGACCAGCAGCGACAGCCCCGUUUGCCUCGUUGACGUGGAAGUGGUUCCAGGAUGGCCGCAGUGGUGCUGAAGGAAUAGCACGUUCCAGGCCUUAGUAAUUCUAAACUAAGUGAAACACACGGUUUCAAGUGCUGUCACUGUUCUAAGUAAACUUCCCAUCCCGCACUUCUUUAACAAGUAUUUCUGAGUAAGUUCCAAAAGCCAGGCACUGCUCUAGGUGCCAGGCAUGAGCAGUGGUCAAGAGGGACCAUGGUCUGGAUGCAGUGUUUUAGACCUGAAAGUAGAUGAGUGGAGAUGAAAACCACAACAGGACAGACAUGCCAAACACACUUUUGUCUAGACAGGCCCUGCGGGGCUGGGAAGGAGGGCAUUAGUCUCACUAGCCCGCACUCAUCCACGGAGUAAAAGUGACAUUGCCCACCUGCUCAGCUCCCCAGGGAUUGCCGGGAGGUCUGAGAGUAAAUGAAACAUUAUUUGUAAUAAACAAAAAAAAAAAAGUUUUCAAAUAAAUUUAAUGAACAAAAUAUAUACUGAAAUAUCACAUGAAAAAUUAACUUACAUGUCAAAGACUGUGCAGCUGACAAGGAUCCCCGCCCACCCCACCCCACCCUCAAGCCGAAAAAAGAUUAAAACAAAAAAUGUAACAUUAAAUUGAUUUGUUUUCCCUGGAAAGAAUAAGAUUAUAAACUAGUACAUCAAAAUCUUGACCUUUAGCAGUAAUUGUGGUGCAGUUAGUUAACAACCUCUCCGUGAAGGCUGGGUCGCCUUCACCCCUGUUCUCGUGACAGUAAUGCGGCUUCUGUGUAACGCACCGGAGCACCCCUGUGUGCGCCGCGUGCCUUUGUUACCUCUGACUCAUGGUGCUCAAAGACCACUUUCACAAAUGCUGUCUUGUAACGUGUCAAACCGUGGCAUAAGAGAACAGGCUCUUCGGAGGCUCUGGUUUUACACUGGCUUCUCCAGCGUACCAGGAAGAGUCCAAGCGUUGCCGUCAUGAACGGUGGCAGCUGGGGAACCAGAGAGAAGCAGACCGUCCCCAUCGCCAGGGUGACCGUGAGUGGUGCCCCAGGUGCUGGCAGUUGCUCAGGACUUCCCUAAGCAUCCCCCUUACCCAGCCAAAAGAGCAGGGACAGAAAGGAAACCAGACAAGCAAGAAGAGGUAAGGUUUUUAAAAAAUUGUGACAGAAUGGCUCAGAAUUGUGCGAGAAUGUGUCACCUCACGCAGCAACCACGUGCCUGCUCCGCGUGCAUUCUGUUCCAGCACUGACGACCUACUGGACCUAGAAGUAGAAUAUUCUCUUUUCUAGAGAGAGAGGCUGAGUCCAACUUCUCUCUGCACUUUGCAAGUCUGAAUUACAAAUGGGGCAGGACAGCCUGAGCCUGGAUUCUGGCAGGAUGGUUUUCUCAGGAAUAAUACGGUUCAGUUUUGUCUUAAAAACUCCCAUUUUCACCAAAGGUCUGGCUUCUGGGUAAUCAAACGUUACAAAAGAUGAUACUGGAGGAUCUUCCCAGACCCUUUUAAAUCAAGGCCUUGCUAAAAUGGGUGAUGGGGGUGGGGAGGCAGCCAGAUGAAGACAAAUCACCAAAAUUAUGUCCAGUGUAGACUGUAUUAUGGACUGAUCAUUUCCAGAGAAAAAUGCCAUCGAGACACCUGACCUUUUUAGUGCUGUCUACCUCUGACAAUUGCCCGUGGUCUUGAAUGCCCACUUCUGAAAUCCCGAGAAUUAGUUAUAACUGCUAAUAGAAAAAAUCAAAACACAGCUCAGAUUACCUUACUCGGAACCUGACUAUAUAUUCAAAAGACCUAUUUGCAUAACAGAGUCAGAAACUCACAAAGUAUGGCUCUACUCAUAAACAGGUCUCAAGUACAGUUUUAAAUAGAUCUUUGCAUGAGUGAGAAUUUAGUCUGGUUCGUUGCUGUUCCAACGAAAAUCUCAUGAAGAUGUGUGAGUUGGUGUCAUGUGAAGCCAUUGCCAUCUGUCUUUGGAAUCCACACACCUGUAGGCUGGGAGGGAAAUGUGCUGGAAAACUGGCUCAUCCCCAGGAUGGCAUGAACCAACUGGACCUGGUCAUGCCCAAACCAUGUGUUCUGUUGGUUGGUUGGCUGGCUGGUUCUGGCAGAAAGGAAGCUCAGCCUCAACACUUAGCAUGGUACCUGGCACAGAGUAACUUUAGCGAAUGCUGAUUAAGUUUAUAAAACCAAAUUAGUGGACAGCCUUUUAGAAUGAGAGGCUGGUGCUGCCAACAAGUAGGCUUUGAAUUCUGGACAUGAGUCUAGGAAGGAGCUUCUUGACUCUGUCCAGGCAUAUGCACCAAGGUGAACUUCUGUUCCUGUCUCUUAAAGUAUACAUGCCUCAGAAAAAAAGAAGCUAAUCAUUAUAACAAGUUUAGCAUGUUUUAGCUGAGCUUAUACACACACACACACACACACACACGCCUCUCUUUUCUAAUUAUUGCUUAUCUGCAAGAAGGCUAUGAAAUUUUUGAAAGUACACACCCUCCUGAAGCUUUGAGUUAGUUGAUUCAAUACACAGCUUAUGGGAAUAACCCACAAUUCAUACUGUGUUUUUCAUUUCUACUGAAUUUGCUUCAUUUCAAGGACUCUACCGAGUGUUGCGGGGGCAAAACACUAAGUCUAUCUCAAAGGUCAUGUUAUUUACCCAUUACCAAAAGCAGCGUGGAAAUGGCCAUGCUUCUCUGGUAGAUUUCAGACAAAUGUAUUCAUGGAUUAUUUGAACACGGAUGACCCUAAAUUGAAAGAUGGCUAGAAUGUGAUUGAAAUCCUCUCUCCUUGCCUCCCUUAAUCAAAUAAUUUAGCAAAAAGCAUUUAAGAUCAACACUAAAUUCCCCCUUAAAAUAUCUCCAGGCCAAAAAGGGGCCUUGUUACAAGCCUUCUGCAGACUCGUCCCAAUAAAAAGUCCGUAGACACACUCAGAAGCACAGACUUCUGCAGCCUCAGCUCCAUGAAAUUUAUAAUCUGGCCUGAGAGCUUCCAUCACCCUUGUCAGGUUCUGAAAUGACAUAGUAAAUCUAAGCUCCCCAGAAGAUGCCUGAAAUACAUAUCGAAUGCAUACUGACAGAGCUUAUUGGCAGUCUUGUAACCGGUGUGGCUGACAAUGAGUUAGGUUUACUCUCAUGUCAUAAGACAGGAACAAAAUUCACAAUGACCCAAUGGGAUGGGAAGGGUCAGUCCUAGCCAAAAUCAUCAUCUGUCUUCAGAUCCAAAGUGCAGAGCCAAAGAACUGAAGACUUACGCCACCCCCGCCCCCAACCCUGUCCCUGUCUUCUUCCCCAUAGAACGUCACCAAAAACCUUUCAUGAAAGCCCUGUUUAUCCAGUUAACGAGCUGCCAGGAUAAUCUGUCCUCCAGAACAAGUAAUGGCCUAAUAAAUGCCUGAGCGUGGGGAAGAUUUACUGAGGCAAAAUUAUCCCGAAAACAAUUCUUAGUCUUCUGAGAGCUCUUCCUAAAGCAUUAGGUUUAUGAUGGUCAUUCAAAAAGGAAAAAAGUCCACUCCAUUUUCUUACAAUGUUUCCUCAAUGAUGUGAUUUAAGGGUGGAGUACACACUGGUCUGACAGUGUUCUAAGCUGUGAUUUGAUGGAGAAUUAGUGCCGCGUGAUUUACAGAAUGAUGGCUGAAGCGAGAGGGGCCUGAGAAUAUCUUCUCAAUGACUUAAAGCUGGUGUGGCCUCAGCCCCCAGAGGACCGCUGCCUCCAGGAAAAGCCAACACUGCAGAGCUGGCUGAGCUUCGCAGCAAGCCACAAAUUACACUGGUCUGGGCCAGUGGCUUGAAGUAGCACGUGCAGUAAUAGCUGUCCUGCAAUAAAGCGUUUCAUAAAAAUGGCAAGCUUGACAGCCACUUCCGUAAACACAGGACUGGUAAUGAGCAAUUAAACUGAACUGCCUUUAAAUGAGAGCCGUAGCUGAUGCUGCAUAUCCUUAACCUCACGCCAGUGACACAGCCCACCCCAGCCAGGGCAGCGCUUCCCUCACGAACCUAGACACGCCCGAUCCCGAUUCCGAAUGAGCGGUGCUUCCACGGCGCAGAACCUCCAACCAGAUCCGGACGUCAACCCACAUGACCGUGGCAUCCCAGCCGAUUCAGAGACCAUUUUCCACCCUGAGUACCACUGGCUGCCCAAACUGAACAGGCAACCCAAAUAUUCUCGUAUCCUGUUUCUGGAGUCUAUUUGUAAGAGGAUGCUCUCCCCAUAAUUCCAAAGCUCUGUGAGGUCUUUCUUAAUGGACUGAAAACCAACAAUUACGUAUGACCUAAAUCAAAGGCACUUGCUGAGCAAAAGGUACUCCCGAGGACCCAAAAAAGAACUGAAUGCAUCCUCCCUACAUGUGACAGAGACCUCAGUUCCAAGCCAUCAAUACGUCAAAGUAUUUUCCAAGCCAGUACUGGGUAAAGAGGGGAAAAUUCCAGAAUUCCUUUAAAUACUGAGGAAAGGAAGUUAUCUAUUAAUAAAGGAAAUCACAUCUCUUUAAUUGGUUACUCUGGCACCCCCCCCCUUUCAUGGCUGGGAAAUUGUUUAUACCCCAAAAGCUGUACGUUAGCCUAAAUUCACCUGGAAUUUGUUUAUAAUUUUUAAAAUUUAGUUGGUCGUUUCUAAAGAUCUAUUUUAAAUAUCCCAGUGCACACAUAUACUUUGAAUCAUAAAAUUCACUCCAUCUGGAACUUUACCUCAGACCCUGCAUUGGGAAUUGAAAGGCAUGUGUGAUGUUCCAGGAAUCCUCAAGUUGUUUUCACUGCCCAGGACCAUCAGGCUAGACACAGGGACUCCGGUCUCAGGCCUGCAGCCAAGGGUUUGUGCCCACUGUGCCUGCCAACAGGUAGCACAGCAUCUGAGUGGGAGCCUGUCGUAUGGAGCAGGGACCACACUCUCGGACCACAUUUUAAAGCACGCCAAAUAUCUUUACAAAUUUUCCCUACGUUACAAAAAAGAAUUUCUGCAGGCCCCACUGACUACUUUAUGAUUUUUACCAUGAUUUUUUCCCACCAAGGAAUUACCAUUGUCACCCACCUACAGUACAGUAUCUCCAGAUCUUUGAAUGAUCAAAGUUCAUUCCUCCAACCCCCCCUCUCCCCCCUCCCCCACCAUAUUUGCUUUUCUCUUAUUUAUAGCCUCAGGACUCUGCUGUUUUUCCUCUGGUAUGUCCACACUAUUGCCACAACCAUCCUUACCUAAGCUACCUGGCUGUUUCACUCCACCGUGUGGAUUUUCCAGUUCUCUAUAAUGCAUUUCCAAGCCAGAUUUCUGAUUUCAUUUUGAAAACCCCUGAACACAAUACUGUGGAGGAGGCCUAUAAUGGAUGCAGAAAGAUGAACCAGUUUCCAAUUCCAAAUAGGGUUAUCAUGUGAGUUUGCUACCGGCACCCCACCACGGGAGCUAAUUUUACUGUCUCCCACCCCCGACACUGAUCAUUUCUGCCCUCCUUUAAGGUAAGUCUAGUUCAGUACCUAUUUUUAAAAAUGCUAAGAGGCACAAAAGCAAUCUCUUUCCAAAAGGGUACCCUCUACACAGGGGACUACAAUGGUCUAUAAUAAAGCAAUAUGGACUGAAGAAUCAACACCAUCACCAGAUAAUGGAGAGAAGUGUAAAUCAAGCCAAAAAGCCAAUGAAUACACUUUCCAGGUAUGACUGCAGCAUUUUCUGUACCUGUUCAGUCCAAACUGGGAGGCAAAUACUUGUCCAAAACGAAGCUAGAGGAUAAUAAAUUACAGCUUACAUUCCA